GGGUCAUACCACUAGCUACACGCUCACAUACUGUCUUUCCCUCGCCUCCUGCCUCCACCAACAUAUAGGGAAGGGACCUGUGUGUGCGGAGGGGUGUCACUUCCACAGGGCACAGACGCAGAAUGGGGUCAGACCACAGUAGGCAGACCAUUGUCUCCUCUCUACCUCUCUUCUUUGUAAUCCCUGUCAUCUUGCAGACCAGCUGGAGACACAGUCGUUGAUGUGUGUAUCAUGAAAGCCCAACUUGAAUUGUGGGAUUGUCAAAUAAUUGCAGCUGAGUUGUGCACAAGACAUGGAAAAUUGCAGAGAAGUAAUAAUGGCCCUUUAUUAAUUGGGGUCAUUUUCAAAAGCCAGAGGAGAUCUGUUUGUUUAAGAAACAUUUGCUAGAACAAUAGAAACACUCAAGUAUUAUCAAAAAGAACGAGGAGUACUUGUGGCACCUUAGAGACUAACAAAUUAUGCUAGCUAACUUUUUUGAUGAUCGGACAUUUUGCUGCAACUGUAUUACAGUUAUUAAUGUGCAGGGCUGUCAGCAGGCUUAUCAGUGCACAGAGCACAUGUGAAUCAAUACAGGAGCAUAACGUGGUGGUGAACACACAGAUACUUUAAUAAUAGUAAUAAUAAUAAACAGGAUCAUUUUUUGUGACACUUAAACCUCAAGUUUUGCCUAUUUUAUGACUAGGUCUGAUACAGUCCACAUCAUAUUGUGUAUUAAUUUGCCUGGCUUGUGAAUGGCUCCAAAACACCAGCCUUCCUUGAGGAGGACUCUGUUUGCAAAGGCCGAUACCGCAGGCAGUUGAGUACCUAAGUGUGCUGGAGGCUGGCCUGUUUUGCUGUGCAUGUUAUGCCACAGUUCAUCUUUGUGGCAAAAGUUUUAGGCAGGGAGACUGAAGCAGGAGUUAUUCUUAUAUAACAUGGUCUCGCUCUGCCUUUUGCUUUACCUCUUUUAAAGCUUUGUGGUGUCUUAUGGCUUGGUUGGUGCAAACUUCAGGGUUUUGUGGUUUUCCCAAAAGAAAGUGAACAUAUCGUGCAGUUAAACACUAGUGCUUGGCCAGGUCCUGCUGCAAAAAUCAUAUCUGGUGCACAUUGAAGGUGCCUAAUGUCAACUUUAUUAAUUAGCUCCUCCUCCCCAUAUGCCUGGCUUGCAGUUAUUGAGAGGGUGAGAUUGUCAGUGACUGUGGGUGAUUGUUUUUCCCCCUACCUUCUGCUGCAGUGUGUGGAUGCAGGUGACCUGCCAAGAUUAUCAGGCUCUAUCUCACUUACUCAUUUCCCUGCCAUUUGCGGCAUCUUGGGGCAUCAGUGCAUCUUGGUCCUUCCUAUUCUCUGCCUGUGGCACAAAGUCGAGGUUCUAGAGGGCUGUAAUAUUUGGUUUCCUUUUGGUUGCUGGGUGGUGGUGGCUUGUGAUAUACAGGAAAUGAGACUAAACUCUAAGACCCUGUGACAAGUCUCCUCGACUGCAGAGCUGGUGUUCAGAGCCCUCCAGUCUGCUCCUCAGGGUCAGAGGGUGCUUUUUGUUACUGGGGCGUUGGACUAGAUACCUAGUAACCUGUUCAGACAAAUGAAAAGUACUUAGUUGCAAGAUUGUGCAGUGUGCAUUAACUCCUUGACAGGCAGGGUUAUGCGUUGGUGACGUGAACUAUUUCAGCCCUUUACUGUUGCCGGUAGCAGGUUUAUCCAGUGGACUCACUUCUUCCACCCACUGCAGGAGAGACAGGAGAGCUCAGCAUCAAGCCUCUGCUUUGUGAAGAGUCUUCAGAGGAUCCAGUGUUCGUUGGAAUUUUCGCGUGAGAUAAAGUGGCCUGGGGCUGGCGGGUUUACCAAGCAUAGACACUUUAGCUGCAUUUUAACCAGAGCUGGCUGAUGUAACACCACAACUCGAGUUCUCACCCCAGGACAGAGAGCUCCUGGAGCUGCUCAUCUUUUGGAAAGAAGAGGAUAAUCUAGGCUAUCCCCACAGAACUUGUUCUCCUGCAGCAGAAAGCAUGGCAAAUACUUCCUAUGCCAUGGCAAGGGGACACUCUAAUGCAACAAUAGUUGAUUGUUACGUGGAAGCAGACUUCCAGUAUCAUCUCUUCACUAUCAUCUACAGCAUUGUCUUUGUACUGGGACUGCUAGAAAAUGUCUUGGCUCUCCACCUUUUGACUUGCAAGGUCAAGCACACCUCACACUCCUACAUCUACCUCAUCAACCUGGCUGUGGCAGAUACCUUGUUUGUUUGCAUAUUGCCCUUUAAAAUUCAUUACCACCUGAACCAGAACGAUUGGAUCUUUGGAGACAUGGCUUGUAGGAUCACUGGGACCUUAUACUACAUCAACAUCUACAUCAGCAUUGCCUUCUUCACCUGUAUUUGCAUGGAUCGUUACGUGGCUGUGCUGCACCCCUUCGCCUACAUCCGGAUCAAAGUCACCCACUACAUGAUAGUGGUCACAGUCUUUUGGCUCAUUGCUGCAAGCAUCACAAUCCCGCUUAUCGUUGGGGGGCCCCUUCACAACAGGGGCACAGGGAACAAGACUGCAUGCUUUGAGAACUUCUCGCUGUCCAGCUGGACCCAUCGCAUGAUGCCCUACAAUGUCUGUGCCUUGCUGUUCGGCUUUGUCAUCCCGUUUGCUGUCAUCCUCAUCAGCUAUCCUCUCAUUGCCAAGCGGAUUGCCCACACCAGACGCAGCAUUCACAAGAAGAAGGCCUUGAGGACCAUCUACCUGAUCCUGCUCAUCUGCAUCCUGUGCUUCCUUCCUUAUCAUCUCACUCACCUACUCCACUUCUUGAUGAGGGUCCAGCUCAUCCAAAGUUGCCCGUUUACCAACUUAAUUUACAAAAUGCGCCGGGUCACUUUGGCCCUGGUCAGUUUCAACUGCUGCCUGAACCCCAUCCUAUACUACUUCACGGCUUCCAGCAAGCCAUGGCGUCUCAGCCUCAAGUUCAGAUCCAAAACCAAGGUUUAUACCAUCUGUGACAGAAAAUUCAAUGACUAUCCUUAUAAAAGCAAGCCAGCAGCAAGACCACCAACACAGCAAUUGAAUGAAAUGCCUUUUUUAAAACAAGGUCAGUAAGUUAUUCACCCACAGGUUACGGGUUCAAAUCCAACUGAACUUUGAGGAGGAGUAUUCAGGGGAGAUCAGGUGGUGUCAGUCCACUUCCUAGGAGACUAGAGUCUGUUA